CAUUCCUUUACACAAUAGCCUAUUAGACUCACUAGAUUGUACUGUUUACUUUACUGUCGUGUAAUUUAUUAAUUACUAAUUUACCUUUACACACCUGGCGGUUCUCAGCAGUAACAACAGAUACUUAACGGGUGCUGCUACUUUGCAAAUGGAGAGACUGCUAUACUAAGUUGAAUUCAAACAUAUUAUUAUAUUUAUUAUCUAUUGGAGCAUUUCAAUGAACCAACAUUGGUAUUAGCCGAAAUAUGGUGAUUUCUACAACUUUUGUUGACCUUUAAAAUACGUUGUUCUGGCCAUCCCAUUCAAUAUUUUUUCACUCGACACUCUAGAUGACAUACUGUACUGUUUUAUGGUCUUUUGGACAUACUGGUGUUGUAUAGAUAUUCAAGAACAAUAUUUCAAUGGCUGUGGCGUAUUCAUGGUUUAACAACAUGGGAAGCAAAGCCAAACGACAACCGGCCUUUGUUGUUAUCCGUACUCAUCUGGAAAACGAAAUUAAAUUGAGAAAUCGAUCAUUUAUCUGUAAUUUCUUGGCAAGAAAACGACAACUUUUCUCAACAGUCAAUACGUGGGUCAAGUGGACGUUGUGGUUUGUUUUUUCUGGUUUAGGUCUUUCUGUAGUGCCAUCACAUCAUGAGAUAGUAACCUAUGGUAAGCUACUAAGCCAUGAGUUUAUCAACGAUCAUUUAAGAAAAGAAGGAUUAAUGUGUCAUAACAGACUUCCCGUUCCCGCUACCGAUGUUUCGCGCAAACUAAAAAGUGUUGGUAGCGAACUCGUCAAAUCCUACCCUGGUCUUUACAGAGACGUUUCCAAGCAACUCAACAUCACAAUGACAAUGGAGACAGAGGUAGCUGAGAUUUUCUUUUCCAUAGUAAACGAACUAUUCAAAGAUGGAAUAACAUGGGCAAGAAUUGUGGCAAUGUUUUGUAUAGCAGCAUCGCUCUCGCAGGAUUGUUUACAAUACGGAAACGGACUCGCAAUUAAUGACAUUGUUCAAAGCAUGACGUUUAUCAUCGAUACUAAACUGGGUACCUGGAUCGCGCAACAUGGUGGAUGGGAUGAUUUCAGCCGUCAUUUCCGGAGUCCCCAUGAGACUGACGCUCUCUGGGUUAUGAUGGUAGUCACGUGUGCCUCUGUUGCAUUGGUUCUGAUAAUUUUCACUGAUAUCCUUGCAUCGUAAUAUCAAUAAUAUUAAUAACAUCUUUGUCACCCACCACUAAGAAGUGUGUACCCUUAAGACGAACUUUCUGACUUUUGCUCAGUAGAUCACUGUUCAUGAAAGUUGGAAUAUCAAUAUCCAUAAAUUUGCGAACACCCGCUCUCUUUUCCCACAUCAACUCCGUCAUCAGAAACGCUUUUCAGGUUAAGUGCAAUGCCUUGGAUUUUUUUUUAAAUGUUGAGUAUGGCACUAUAUUUAAUUAUCAUAUUCAUUGACAUUGUUUGAUCGAUUCUUAUAAAUCUUAAGUAAUAAACAAGAGAAGACAAUUGUGAAUAUGCCUAUGUUCUUUCCUAUUAUAGUUGCGCUUAAAGCUCUAUGUGUUGAGUUAAUGUGUUCUGUACGGCAUAUGGACUUGUAUGGUUUAUAAACAUUUUUUUAUAUAACCAUUGUGUGUAACUCGAUGUCUACCAAACAUUUAGUUCUCAACGUUCUCACGAAAUAGUUGUCAUACUGGAAACCUCUGAUUGAAACCUAGGAGGAGUAGGCUACUAGUCUGUUUGUUACUCAAGCUUUAAUAAUGUCUUACUAAUCAAAAUCGGUCCUCUAGGAUUAAUAUUGGAAUGUUAAGACCUUGUUAUAGGUUGUUUUCUAGCCCAGAAAAAAAAACUAUGAAAAAGGACGAUUUGCAAGAUAAUCACUACCGUACCAAGUUAAAGAUGAAGGAAAAUUUCAAACCAGUUUGCUGAUAUCGUAAUGAUCGAUGACUUAGAAGUUGCUACUGAUGAUCCAAUAUGGUGACGGCAACCGUAUGUGCGAUUAGUUUUUAAUUUAAACAUAACAAAUUAGCAAUCUUUUAAUUUAAAAGUGUUGAGUUUAUUUAUUUUCCAAUGUUAAUAAUGUAUGCUUGAUAGAUAGUGACCUAGUAGGCCUACAUAAAUUAACCUCUCCUUCCAAUAUAACCAACCGCAAAAAACAAUAGUAGUGGACCAUGGUUUUAACUAAAUUUUAAUUAUCAAAUAUACUAUAAUUAUGCAUGUUGCGUGGGUAGACCUAGUCCGAGUGUUCUUAAUAAUUGUAUGAAAGGUCUAGCCUAGGAUCUAUCUCAGUGUAUUCCAUUUUCUUCGUUUGUUGGCAAGAUAUCCUUUUAUACUGUUUAGUAAGAUCAAACAGGAAUUUACAGUAAGCUUGUUGCAUAAAUGUAUUUCGUUAUAACUCUCAAGUCUUUCUUCUAUUUCUUUUUUGACGAUUUAGUGUUUAAAUAAAACACUCUAUUAACUGCAA